AAGAGCCGUGAUUCUGUUGGAAAUCUGCCAGUGGUGUACGUUAUGUUCAGAUAAGACACCGUAUCCGCCGCCCGCCGCCUGCUGGGCAUCCCGGGGGAGACUCCGCCAGUAUCGGAGCACAUCGCAGACGGUGAGCAGGAAGGCCGGCGUGGUAAAUGGAAGCUCGCGCACCGCACGGCCGGCCGGUCUUCUGGUUGCAUCUCCCGGCGCCGGCGAGCGGGCAUCCCUCCGACGUCCAUCUGUGGCGGAUGGCGGACCGCGGUUCUGGCUCGGUCGAGAAGCACGCAUCCCCACUUCAGCCUCGCCAUGGCCAUCUCACCUGCGGCCUGAGCCUGUUCUGAGCAGCCAAGACCUCAGCCACCUGGUGCUGCAACACAGUAUCAUUGCACAACACCUUCGUCUGCGAGGACUAUGCUGAAGCACAGUGCCCGUGAGGAGAGCGACGGGCUACUCAACUCCAGCAGUAGCUCCUUCGAGCUCCUGGACACCGAGUACAAGGGAUCACCCAAGGUCGCCGGGGCCUACAAGUCCAGCUCUAGGUUCGCCAGGCCGCUCUGGCAAUACGCCCUCGCGACCCUGCUUCUCGUCGCGCUCACGGACCUUGCCUUCCUCGCGUACAUAUCGCGCAUCUUCGCCACCGAGUACUUCGACGCCGCCGAUCUUCCCCUCGCGAAUCCGUACAUCGGGCUAAAGGAGCUCUAUGAGCUGGGACGUGUCGAGCCCGACCGCAUCGAGCCGCUCCUCAACAGGCCGCGCGUGGCGACGCAGGUGUUCCGCGACGAGCCAGACCGAGCGGGGAGCAGGGGCGAGCAUGAGGUGUGGAAUACGAUGAUGGGGACGUUGUCCCCGUACGACAGGCAUCUGCUCAUCGACGACAUGACACGCACGAUCGCGCAAUUUCGCGCGAUGGACUUCGGCAUGGAGGAAUGCUCGCUCGUCCUCCGCCUGCCCGGCCCGUCAGACCACGUCGAGGGCAAAGACCAGCCCGCGCUCAGCAGCACCGCGCCGCAGCUACAGAUCUGCCCGCUCGACAUCCCGCGCUUCCUCGACGUCUCAGCGGUCACCUGGAAUGCGCGCCCGCGGUGCGCCGCGCCGCCCAUGGCCUUCACGACGGCGGUCGGCGCGGAGCUCGAGGUGCUCCCGCGCUUCGCGUGCGCGUGGGGGACCUACCACUCAUUCGAGGUCGGCUGUGCGGAGGGAAGCUCGGAGGAGUGCCUGGUGGAUGUAUGGUCGAGCCACAACCAGACCUGGGGAUUGUACAUGUAUCAGCACCAGACCAUCUAGGGCGCAGGAGCCCCACGCGUCCGGGCAGGAAAGAGGAAUGUCAUUCGUGUGUACCGUAUGCUAGCGGGUGAUGCAGCGCUGAUUUGCGGGGAGUU